AUGUCGAAUAAGUGUGAAAUUUGUGGCGAUAUUGCGGAUGCUAAACAUUUUGGAGCAAUUUCGUGCAGGUGAUUUUUUCUAGAAACUAUUUUUCUAUGAACUUUUAUUCAGAGCUUGCGCAGCAUUUUUCCGCCGACAGGUUGUUGUUCGUAAGAAAAUAGUUCGAAGAUGCGAUCGAAAGUGUAGUCUAGAAGCAGAACAUCGGAAAUUUUGUGUGAGUUGUCGAUUUGAUAAAUGCUUGAGUUGUGGAAUGAGAGAAUCGAAAGUAAUGGCAAAACCAAGCGGAAGUAAAAAAGUAUCAACAAAAAAACUCCCACUGCUCAAGAAAUUUUCAAGCUUUUAUAAACAUAUUCAAAAUCUCCGAAGAAAAACAUUUUCCCAGAGGAACAACUCAAAACCAAGGAUGGCUAAUUAUAAAGAAGUUAAUGAUAUUUUCAUGAAAUAUGGGAAUAUUGUGAAAGAUAAUAUUUUUGAAGCAUUUCCAGAAGCUAAAAAAUUUUCCGAUGAUCAAAAAGCAAUUCUUCUUGAUCAUUUCACAACACCUUAUAUAAUUUGUGAAGGAACAAUUCGAGCAAAGAAAUAUAAUUUGUGGAAACUUCCAAAUGAUGAUUUAAUCGAUAAUAAUCAUCCAGAAUAUUAUUAUAAUGAAAAUCAAAAUAAUUUGAAAGAUAAAGAAUCACACAAACUUUAUCAAGCCUCUUGGAAAGUUAUGCAUGAAAAUAUUCGAGGUCGAAUGGAAGAAGCAAAAAUGGAUUUGAAUGAAUAUUUUCUAUUAUCAGCUUUGAUAUUCUGGGAUGAUGGAUUGCCUAAACAAACAGAAGAAGUUGUAGAAAUUAGUCGAAAAAUGCGCAAGAAAAUUAUUGAAGAGAUAACCAAAUACGAAAAUAUGAAAUGCUUAUCAAAAGAUGAUGCGAGCAUUCAAGUUGCAAGAAUAAUUAUGAUUUUACAAGGAGUUCAGGUACGUUUGACAACCGUUUUCUGAAAACGUAUCUCAACGACAAUUUACAGUCAACUGUUCAAGCGAUUCAUAAAACAUCCGGGUUAACUGCGGCGUAUACUGAUUUUGAAAAACAUAAAGGCAUGUUCGAAACAAUGGGUAUUUGA